CAUCGUAGGAAAGAGGACGGCACAGAAAAAUCAUGCCAACCGCUACUUUCAUGUCUCUCUUCCUCUUUCUCUUCUCUUCCUCUCUGACUCUAUAUGCGUGAGCGUCAUUCCCGUGGCUACCCUUUUGGUUCUCGGAAUUGAAACUUGUCUACCCUUCGCACCAUGAACGAUGAACAACAAUCACAAGCUUCCCAGAGCAAUGGCGUCCACAAGAUAGAAAAGAAACAAAUAGCUGAAAUGGAGAGAAAUUCUUUUAGAGGCAGAAGACCACGACCCGGGUUUUCUGAUUCAUUUUCAAACAUUGACAUGACAGCUCUAGAAAUUGAAGAGGGAGGUUCUCAUGAGUACUCUCCUAGAGGGCACGAAUCUGAUACCCCAAGUUCAAGGGCCAGCACUUCUGAUUCGGAGAGUCAAGGAUCCUUAAGAAGCAAUUCACCUAAUAACAAUAAUCAGUGGCGUGGCUUCUUUAAAUUAUUGAAGAAAGGAUCCCAAAUGCCCUUCCAAACUUUUCAUCCACUUAAAAAUGUUCCAAAACUUACUAGAAGAAAGAGCAAAAGAAUCAGGGAGGAGCUGAUUCCAUCUCUGAAUUCACCGGCCCUUCAGUCAUCUUUUGACAGUGAGUUUGCCUGCUUCAAAUCUUCUUGGAAAAAUUUCACUCUCUCUGAGAUCCAGACUGCAACCAACCACUUUAGCCACGAUAAUUUGAUUGGGGAGGGAGGCUAUGCUGAGGUUUACUUGGGCAAAUGUGAAGAUGGAAAUUUUGUUGCCAUUAAACGGUUGACAAGAGGGACCCAAGAAGAAAUGACUGCAGAUUUCUUGUCUGAGCUUGGAAUUAUAGUGCAUGUGGACCACCCCAAUAUUGCUAGAUUGAUUGGAUAUGGUGUUGAAGGGGGAAUGUUUCUAGUUCUUCAAUUGUCUCCACAUGGUAGCUUGUCAUCCAUACUUUAUGGACCUAGAGAAAAACUGAAUUGGAGCGUUAGAUUUAAGAUUGCUUUGGGAACUGCUGAAGGCCUUCGCUAUCUGCACGAGGGAUGUCAAAGAAGAAUCAUUCACAAAGAUAUCAAGGCUUCUAAUAUACUGCUCUCGGAGGAUUUUGAGCCUCAGAUAUCUGAUUUUGGGCUUGCAAAGUGGUUACCUGAUCAAUGGACUCACCAUACUGUGUCAAAAGUGGAAGGCACAUUUGGCUACCUUCCUCCUGAAUUCUUCAUGCAUGGUAUAGUAGAUGAAAAGACAGAUGUCUAUGCUUAUGGUGUGCUAUUAUUGGAACUCAUUACUGGUAGACAAGCUUUGGAUAGCUCACAGAAAAGUCUGGUGAUGUGGGCAAAACCUUUGCUGUCUGCAGAUAAAAUCAAAGAUCUUGUGGAUCCGGUUUUGGCUGAUGCUUAUGAUGAAGAACAGAUGAAGCUUGUAAUCUUAACAGCUUCUCAGUGUAUAGACCAGUCUUCCAUUCAACGACCGAAUAUGAGCCAGGUGGUACAUAUACUAAGAGGUGAAGAAGAGAGCUUGAGAAGCAUGAAAGAACGGCAAAAGUCAAAACUUCAGAGGACAUAUUCUGAAGAACUCUUAGAUGCAGAAGAGUACAACUCAACAAAGUUUUUGAAUGAGAGGGAUAAACAUUUAGAGACUAUUCUAGGCUCCUGCAACUCUCUUACAGAAGAAAGAAAUAAAGACUAGAUUAUGAGUUGUGAUUCAGAUAAUGUGUGUGUACAUGGAACUGCAAGAGCAGUGAUUCAUUUGCAGAAUGUGAACUAAUUUCACUUGAGGAUCCAGAGCUGGCCAGAACAUGGGUUGAAGAGGUUAACAAAGACACAAAAGAAGACAGAGGAAGAACCUCAUGUGGAUGUAGCUUGUUAAUUAGUCAAUAGUUUUUUCAAUUAAAAUGAUGAUGAUGAAGUUAGGAUGUAAUCUGUGAGGCCCACUUAUCCCUUCAGGAUGGUUGCCUUUGAUGGGUAUUACAUUUUUCAGCAAGUUGUUUAAUCUUUCAAUUGUAAACAUAAGCAGAUCUAUCCAAGAAAAUUU